AGAUAAGUUCGAUAGUGUUUUUGAGUUUGUUUGACAUGUUUUCAUUUUCAAUCUAACCUCUAAAAUAGGAAAAUCGUAAAAUUAUGGAGACAAAUAAUGAAAACCCAAAGUUUUCCAGCCUAAAAGAUGUAGUUUCCAAAAAUACUUUAAAAGCUUUGAGAGAAUGGGGAUUUGAACACAUGACUGAAGUGCAGGCGGAGGUUAUACCGAAGGCUUUAGACGGUGCAGAUGUAGUGGCCACAGCCAAGACUGGAUCUGGGAAAACCUUAGCCUUCUUGAUCCCAAUAGUAGAAGCUGUAUGUAAACACCUACACAAUGAGGUACAAGGUACUCUCUGUAUCAUAAUAUCACCGACCAGAGAGCUAGCUAUGCAAACAUUUGCAGUGCUUCAGGAUUUGGCAGCAUAUCAUGAGAACAUCACCUCCGCUUUAGUCAUAGGAGGAGAUAGCCGGCAGAAACAGGCAAAUAUCUUAUCAAGAGGUGCACACAUAGUAGUGGCUACUCCAGGGCGACUGUUUGACCACAUGCAGACCAAAUACUUUAAGUAUAAACAAGUCAGCUGUUUGGUACUGGAUGAGGCUGAUAAAAUACUCCAAUAUGGAUUUGAAGAGGAUGUUAAUCAAAUUAUUAACAGGCUACCAAAAAACAGACAAACAAUGUUGUUUAGUGCCACCCAAUCAGAGAAAACCCAGGCAUUGACUAUGACUGCUAUGAAGGAAUCUGUGGACUUCAUCAAUACCAACCAAGACAAUACUGAGGCCACUGUCGAGGGUCUGAAGCAAGGCUACGUCAUAUGCAAAACAGAAGACCGUCUCUGGUGGCUCUUCAAGGUGUUGAAAAAGACGAGAAAGCAGAAAGUCAUGGUAUUCUUCUCGAGCUGCAAAUCUGUGGAGUUUCAUCAUGAGUUCUUCGGCAAACACUGCAAUGCGCCUGUACUUUGUAUACAUGGUAAGAUGAACCAAGUGCACCGUACGCACACGAUGACGCAGUUCUACGAGGCACAGAAGGGAGCUCUGUUCUGUACGGACGUGGCGGCGCGCGGGCUCGACAUACCGGCCGUGGACUGGAUCGUGCAGUUUGAUCCGCCGGGCGAUACCAGCGAAUACAUACACAGGGUGGGCAGAACUGCGCGUGGGCUAGGUGCUGUUGGAAACGCAGUCUUAUUACUAAGGCCAGAAGAAAAAGAAUUCCUUGAACACCUAAAAGAGGCCAAAGUUUUCUUGGAGCUAUAUAAAAUGUGGGAUGAUUUCGAUAACCUUCAGCCUAUGUUACAAGAAGCGGUGGAAAAGGAUGCUGAGUUCCACAAACUAGCAUUAGAAGCUUAUGAGGGCUUCAUAAAGGCCUUUGAGGUUCGCCGGUUGAAGACAGUAUUCAACAUAAUGACGUUGGAUCUAGUGGCCUUGGCGAAGUCGUUUGGACUGAAAGACAAACCUGAAGUUGAUAUUCGUGUUGGGUUCAAGAAGAAACACCGGCCUCGGAAAAGGGCUGUGGCUAUGCUGGAAGAAAGUAGCUCAAAGAGUAUCAAAUUAUAACAUUUAUUAUGAGCA